AUGGCUUCUCUCGCGACCCGCGCCUACCGGCCACUUGCUUCCACCCUCCGCCAGUCGGCUCUUCAGCAGAAUGCCGCUCUCAGGGUUGCUUCUUUCCACACUACUAGCAGGAGGGAUCUCCUUCCUCCCGGCCCUCAGGUCGUCAAGAAGACAGUAAACGAUCCCACCUCGUUCCGUGACGGUGACCCGGCCCACGGCUCCUACCACUGGACCUUCGACCGCCUCCUCGCCCUCGGCCUCGUCCCCCUCUGCGUCACCCCCUUCGCCAGCGGCUCUCUCAACCCCGGCCUCGAUGCCCUCCUCUGCGCCACCAUCCUCGUUCACAGCCACCUCGGUUUCCAGAACAUCAUUGCCGACUACGUCCCCUCGAGGCAGUUCCCUAAGUCCCGCAAGGCCGUCAACUACACCCUCGGUGCCGCCACCCUCCUCGCCGGUGUCGGUCUCUACGAGUUUGAGACGAACGAUGUCGGUGUUACCGAGGCCAUUAAGAGGGUGUGGAAGGCAUGCUACUUCGCCCGCAAUGCGCAAUGGCCGACCGAGCGCCCAAGCGUAUAA